CAUACCACUGUAGAACCUAAACAGACCAUACAAUGGUGGUGGUUUGAAAUUUUGAUCUCAAUCCAGUGCCUAACCAUUCCGGCAUCCCUCUAUGAUGAUGUCAUCAUUAAAUAAUGCCAUCGGUCUAUGAAUAGGAGACCAGCAUGUGUUUGGUGAUGUCAUCGUCGUCAAAUAUGACAGCCAUAUGACACGGCAUGUACAAUGGGGAAAAAGUGCUGAGCUCAGAUCAUUGAAACAGGCCAGACUAAAGUGGGUCUGACAAAUUUGGGGUGUUGACUCAAUACAAUGGAGGCAAAAAGUGAUAAAAAAUCAGACAAGGUGCAUAUGAGGACAGUAUUUAGGCAGUCCUACAUCCCACUCAGUGGAGAGUGUCAAUCAGAAUGGCUCAACAAAGAGCAAAACAUGGCCACCUACCUAAAAUGUCUGGAGGUAGACUACAGAAAACUGUUAAUGGAAAAUUGUAAGAUACGUCAACAUAUGGAGCGCAAUGAGAAGAUAUUUUUAAAAACUAAGGCUGAGCUGUUUAAAACCAAUGUGGAGCUUGAAAAGAUGAGACUUUUCAAAGAUCGCCUGACAUUUGAAAUGGCAGCAAAACAGUCCCGCUGGAAUCGAGACAAAUACAAGCUGCUCAAAGAGAGAGAAGCUCUGCUGAAUGAAAUGAGUCAAAUGGUGGAGGACUUCAAGCACUUGGCUCUCAAGUACAUGGAGCUUGUGGUCAGAACGUUAGAGGAUGAGAAUCCGCUCAAGCACACGGAGAAGAAAGACAAGAGGGGGUGCUUAUUUGGAAGGCUGAUUAACUGUUUUAUUUCUAAAACAAAGGCUGAUUAACUGUUUUAUUUCUAAAACAAAUCAUUAACUACACGAGGACGAAAGCCUGCAUGGUGUUUUCCUCUGCUUUGAUGGAGAGAAUUAAGUUGGCGACAUAACAGCGCAAAUCUGGGGAUGAGAUUGCAGACAUUUGGGCUUGUGGUAUGGACACAUACUGCUACUACACUAAAUGGACAAAAUUCCAAUGUAGCUAUAGGAAGUGAAAAUCGAGAGCGCUGUAACACCCCUCCAUUCUUCGGCUACGCCUUUGGAUGAUUUUGGAGGGACAUUUGUGAAAUCACAGGCCACUGUUGAUGGUUCAAGUUCAACCCAAUAAGAACGUUCGGGUCAGGUUUGUUUUAAACCUGCUUUUGCAGACCUUUCUUUACACAUAAGUGCAUAGGUACACUUUAAGAAUAAACGAACUGUUCCCACAAAGCUGGGAACAAGGAUACAUCGAUACCACUUUUGUCCAGUCCGAGUAAGAGUACAUAUUUGCAUUUCAGUGCUCGCUAACACCAAGUAGUGACACUUGAUGUUGCUGUUGAGCCUUGCAAAUGUGAUGAAAAUAUUUUAUUUUAAUAAAAUAUUGUUUAAAAAAAUGUUUUUUCUCUAACGUUGUUUCUGUUCAGUGGUACCUUGACAUACGAUCGCAUCGACAUAUGAUCCUUUCGACAUCCGACGUAAAAUUUGAUUGUCAUUUGUCCCGAUGGAUGACAACAUUACGACGAUUUCUGACAGUGUCGCAAUUUCAUUGUUUUCCUGCAAGGACUCGCCUGAUUUUUUUUUUUGUGAGAUUAAUCAACAUGAGUCUCAAGAAGGUUAGUGCAGUUGGUGAAAAAAAAGGAAAAAUGUUAUGCUUACCAUUGAAAUUAAGUUUGAAAUUAUACAAAAAUAAGCGUGGUGUGAGCGUCAGUGACUCCAGAGUAUGUCUAUGAUCUCGACGGUCCUCCUUCGACCUCCGUUCGCCAGUCUUUAUAAUUUAAGGUGACAAUUAUUAUUAUUGUAACAUUGGCAAGGAAGUGGCCAGCUUCAUCCAGGUUUUUAAUCUUUGAUUUCAGAACUUGUGCAAAACAACUCGGCUACCGUCCACCAAUGGCAACAAAAACAUGAAAAGAAAAAGUAAAAACUCUUCCGCACCGCUCACUCUGUUGUUAGGUACGCGGUGCGUUCAGAAACCAUGGAAAACACAACCGCCACAUUGUUAUUCAUAUAUUACCAUUUGUAUUUAUAAUUUAUUUGUUGUGCUAUGUGUAAUUGGAUGGUAAAUGGAGUGACACUUGUAUAGCACCUUUUCACCUUCAAGGACUUCAAAGCGCUUUAGACUACAUGCUCAUCCACCUACCAGGAGCAACGUGGAGUUCAGUAUCUUGCUCAAGGAUACUUAAAUGAGUUCUUCAGGGCAGAGAAUCGAACCCACAACCUCUGGGUUGGGGAAUGACUAGUCUACCACUGAGCCACACCACUCCUACUUGUACUUGUACUAGUAGUAUUUAUUAAGGAUUUUGUGUAGGUUUUUAGGCAGUGGAACAAAUUAAUUGAAUCAUAAUGUAUUAGCGGAAAAUCCAACUCCACUUACGAGCAUUUCAACUUACACACCAGGUCGUGGAACAAAUUAAAUUUGUAUGUAGAGGAACCACUGUAUAUCAUCUGAUAUCCUAGGGCGGAGGUCGGCAACUCGUGUUUUAAGAGAGGCAUGCGGCUCUUUAGCGCUGCCCUAGUGGCUCCCUGGAGCAUUUUUAAAAAUGUUUGAAAAUGGAAAAAGAUUGGGGAGGGAAAUAUAUUUUUUGUUUUUAUUAGUGUUGCACCAAUACCAUUUUUUGGCCCUGAUACCGAUAGCUGGCUGUGCAGUAUUGGCCGAUACCAUACCAAUACCACUCAGUUUUUAUUAAUAUAUGGCGGAAAACACAGACAAGACUGAAAAAGCAGUUUCUGGUCUUGCACUCCUCAUUAAAAUAAACUGCUGUAUUUUAAGCCGAAAGAACUGCUGUGUUUGAUAGAGCAAUAUGUCUAUAUGCCGCCAUGGCAGAAUCAUGGCACAUUAAGCCCCAGAACUAUUUUUAACUUGUCCCUUUUACCCUGGAAACCCCCGUUUACAGACGUCGCUCAACCGCUUUUGUUUCAACCCAGCCAUAAAACGAAGGUAAUUAAUUAUAUUUACUAUUCAAAAUGUCUGUCAUUUUUAGCUUAGAAUCAUUAAUUGAUGUCUAAUAUUUAAUUUAAAAACAAAAAACGUCUUUAAAAAAAAUUAUUCUUUUGCAGAUUUUAAACUUUUAAACAAAUUACGUCACAAUGAAAAAAAUGGCAUCUGUAAAAAAGUCACGGAUUUCUACCUCAUAACUAUUGCUUAAUUGUAUUUUUUUUUUCGUUACUGUCGCAUUUUCCCCAAUAUGUUAGAUGAUAAAUAAUCGAUCCAAGCAAAGAAAAAUUGGAAAAAAAGCGUUUAAAAGGGUAAAUAUAUGAAAAAGAACAUCUCCACCACUCUUUGAUGUCUGCGAUUUCUGCAUCACGACCCUUGUUAUAUUACCAUUUUAUGCCCAUAAAAUCCCCCAAAAAUCCGGCUGUGGCCAUUCACAUCUGUGUCUUGACACUCGAUGAUACAUGCUACAUGGAGUUUUUGGAUCGAAUCAAGGUAGCUACGUGAUAAUAUCUCGUUAAAAUCAUGGCGUCUUUAAUUCUGCUCUCGCCUCCAGUUAGGGUUUUGCUGUUAUUUAUUUAUUUAUUUAUAUAUUUAUUUUUUAAAUGCCCUCCUGUUGAAAUUUUUUCUUUCCCCAGAAAAUAGAGAUUUUAAGCUUUCCAAUGAUGAAUCACACAUGCAUAUUGGACAAUUUUGAAAUUUGGUCAAAUUGGGGGUCUCAUAGCAGAACUUCAAGUCACCUGAGUCUUUUAUAUAUAUUUAGCAACAUACUUGGAUGUGAAAUCAUUGCUAUCAUGGCUUUGUCAGGCUGCUACUUACCUUUGCGAAACAGGAAAAAGACUAAUACAAAGUGAAUCCAGUAGAUCUUUUUAUUGCAUAUCUGGUAUGGUUGACAAUAGUUGAAUAAACCUUUGGCUCUCAAAGGCCAAAAUGGUGCUAAAUUCAUGAAAUUAAAACAUGUAGAACACUAGCCUAAGAGUAAGAAAGUAAAAAUACAUUCCUAAUUGUUAGGUUUGUGUUGGAUUUCACCUGUUCUGCCUUCUCCUAGUGUGAGCUCAAAUCUGCAUCCUCAUGUGUUGCCCAGCUGUUCCUCGUUGUCUCGUUACCCCUUUUCUGCGUGUGUGUAUACAAGCUCCAAUUUUCCUUUCACUCCUUGUUGCGUCAUUGUCUAUGUCAAUGUCAAAUUCAAGUCCUGUCCAAGCCCUCGUCUACCGGUCCCUCCGAUUAAGUAAGUUUUGGGUGGAAUAUUGCCUUUAUGAUCCCCAGU